GCCGCCUGGCUUGCCGCUCCGGGCUCUGAAGAAUUCCACGCUCUUUGGCGGCAGAGCUCGUCAGAACUUUGAAAAGCUGGGCGGGAGUCCCCCCCCCUCCCCCGCAUGGUCAGUCGCGGCAGAGUAGCAACGCGCUCCUCAGGAGUGACCACCUGCACGCAGCAGCCGUCGAAAGAGAGAGGGACGACGCAGCCUGAAGACCGUACGCUUGUUUACGCGGAAGUAAGUGCCACUUUGUUCAACGUGGGACUUACUUCCGAAUAAGCGUGCACGUAGCUGCAAUGCAUGGCCGCCUAACAGUUCGAGCCGUACAUGUUUUCUUGGAAGUGUCAGCAUGGCUGAAGAUACUAGAGUUACUAAAUUAAGCUUUGAGUUUUGGCUGCACAAGACUCUUGAGUGGGGUCAAAUCACCACUUCAGAAUCUCAGCAAGAUGUCUGCCUUCACUUGCCUGAAUUACAGGAAUUUCUACUGCAGAUUUAUGGAGCUUUGAAACAUAUGAACUGCACUGCUGCAGUCCAAAGAUUCCCAUUAAUUGGCCAAUUAUUAGGAAGACUUUGUUGGAAUCCUUUUGUCAUUGGAUAUGAUGAAUGCCAGAAGAUUCUAAUGUGGUGCUUAUGUUGUCUGUACAGUGGUGAACCACAGAACCCUGUGGAAUCGAAGGCCAACAGCUGGAUACAAACCUCAUUGUGCCAUCUCCUGUCAUUCUCUGGACUAGGAAAUCAUGAAGUAGAUAUCAACAACUUUAUUUCAACUCUUGGCUUCACUUCAUCAGAUUACUAUUCAAAACUGGUUGAAAAUGUGGUCUUAUCAUUAGUGACAGAACUCAGCAGAAAUCAGUUUAAUGGAUUUAACAGCCAACAAAAUGUCUCUUCUCGAGUUACAUCCAUGUCCCUCCUCUGUGUGCCUCUUAUUACUUUGCCUGAUGUAACACCUCUGCUGGAAGCGCUUCUUAGCUAUCAUGGCGAUGAAUCACAAGAAGUCCUCCACUCUCAGUUCUUAAAAGCUGUGAAUGAGGCCAUUUUACAGAAGAAGAUUUCCUUGUCUGAAACUGCUGUGCUGCAGUUAUGGCUUCGUCAUCUUCCUAGUGUGGAGAAAGCACUGUUGCAAAAUUUUGCAAGUUUAAUCUCUUGUCAGCCAAGUUCACCAGAAGAGAUGGCACGUCUGAUAAAAGGUUCCCUGCUGCACCGAGCUGCAUGUCAUCCAGCCAUCUUCAGUGUUGCUGAUGAAAUGUUCAGGAAUGCACUGCUGGAAACUGAUGGAGCACCAGAAGUAAUGAGCAUAAUGCAGGUGUUUACACAGUGCUUUGUUCAAGCUUACCAAGAGAAUAAUAAGCAGCAAAAGUUUCCACUGAAGGCCUACUUCCCCCAUAAUCCACAUUCGCUUGUGUCAGCUUUCCUUAAACAUCCUUCAGAUUUGCCAGCUACAGGUUUAAAUUGGCAUUUGAACCACAUUGUUGAAAUGCUCAAAGCAACAGUAGAAGCUAAUUGUAUUGGAUCUCGUGAUGACCUUUUUGAGAACUGGUUUUUGUUGGUUCACUUUGGAGAAUGGGCUGAUAUUGCAGCAGAGCAGUUGUGGGGGUCAAUGGCAGAGUUUUCAGAUGCUUUGCUGUGGCUGUUGGUAUUUUACUACAAUCCAAGUGAUUGCAUACAGCGGGGAACUCAAGCAACGGUAGAAGCUCGAUCUGUAUGUGACCAUCUGAUGACCCUGUCUAGAACUUCAACUAUUUCGACUGCAGAUCUGCAGGCUGUACUUAGUAGCAAAGCAAACAUAAGGCAACCUGGUACCAGACACCUGGUUAUGCAUCUGCUGGUCAGCUUUCUGCUUUUCACUGCUGUUGGACACACGAUAGCCAGAGAGUUUAUCACCCAUUGUGUAGUUGCAGGCAGUGAAAUCCUAGAAGUUUCUGGUCUUCUUACCCGCAUUGGAAAUAGAAUUGGCCAACUUGGAGUAAAAUAUCAAAGGACUGUAAAACUGGCAGAUAAUCUCCUCCAGAAACUAAAAUGUGAGGUUUAGUUUUUUUUACAGUGAAAUUGCUUGGAUUAGAAUGGUUGAGCAGAAGAAAGUGAGAAGAUAUUUUAUGUCCUUUUGCAUGAGUGUUUUCAUCUGUAUAUCUGAAGGAGAGGUCUGUAUCUAAAAAUGCAACUUUGUUGAAACAUAGAAAUAAAUUAUAAAUAUGCUUGAAAAUGUU